AGCGCAACAUUCCCCAAGCGUAUCUUAAAUUUGCACAAUGGCUCCAGCAUGGCAAGCUACUCGAAAGCAAAUUUAAAGAACAUUGAAAGUGCUGGCUUUCAUUCAAGUGGUUUUAGAACUUUCACCGAAUUCAAAGCCAAAGCUUCCGACCACUUUCAAAACCAAUAUAAAAACAUGAACGACAGAUUUAAAAUCGACUCAGAAACCAAUGAACACUCGUUUAAUCGCACCUGCCAAGCAUCUAGCGGAAUCAACGAAAAUCAUUUGAAUUCGCCGUAUUCCAAAGCAUAUCCCGAAGAACUCGUCAUCAAUAGCGCCGCCUACAUUUCCCACAGUCCACACAACGCAGUCGAUCCACCGCUGCAACACAGUCUGAGUGUCAUGCCGCCCUACCGCUAUGGCAGCAGUGAGUCAUCGGCAUCUUUAUCCCUGUUGCCGCUCAGUCGACGACGUUGGUUCCAGCGCCAGACUUGCUUACUGUGCAUAAUGGUUGCUUUUAUGUUCGGUCUACUGCUGGGUGUCUUCGCUCCAAUGCUUGAUCUACGUGCUGUAUUUGCAAAUUUGUCAACCGCGCAAAAAGUUGCACCAGCAGCGAUUACGCCUCCAACUUCCGAUAGCCGCCUAGCGGCGAGCGUAACUGAUUUAGUUUGGAAACCUCUGCAAUACGACAAGCCACAGAGAAAUCGUACACCGGCAACAGCAACCGGAGACCUUAGCAAUGUACCACUCAGCCCGUUCUCGGUAGCCUUCAUCAACGAACAUCAUGCGCGAAUCGAUGCUGAAGAAAUAUUGAGCGACAGCGUGCCAAAUCCUGCAUACGUAGGAUACGAUGUUGCACCUAACGAGGACUAUCGUGCACAGCGCAAAGUGGAAAAGCCAUUAGCGCGCACAGCAGAGAGACGUGUCUCAAAAAUGUUGCACGAGGAACGCGAGCCGCUCAGACUGCAAGCAAGCCAUGCCGGCGCUGCGUUAACAAAUAUUAUACUACAGCGCCCCACAGUGCAGAAGCUACCUAAGACUGAGCCCCGUUUGCCGGGUAUCAUAAACGCCAACAUCUAUUGGGGUGAUCUGGUAGAGCGCGCACUGCCCAAAGGCUUUGGCGCGGAAGAUACACGUGAUUGGAAUGCCUAUGUGGCGUCACAAACAGUAGUACAGCGUCUUGAAUCAGGCUGUGGGCGCAUGCAAAAUCGUCUUGUGGUAUUUAGCGAUGGCACGCGUGCCUGUGCGCGCUACCGCCAAAACACAGAUCAAAUACAAGGCGAACUCUUCUCCUUCUAUUUGGGACGCUUGCUGAACAUGACUAAUCUUGCGCCGAGCGCUGUGCUAACUGUAAAUGUGGAGUCUGAGAAAUGGUCGGAGGUGGUGCGCGACAUAACACAAGCGCAAUGGAAACAGCAACGUCCUGUGGUCUUGACGCGUUGGCUGCCUAAUCUCGAACCCGCCGGUAUACCACAACCAUUUCAACCGCUCGACCGACAUUUAAACAAACACGAUGUAUGGAAUAUUACACUGACCUUGACGUCUGCAGCUCUACCUUUGGGGUCCAGUUUAUCAGAUGGCGCACAGCACACAUACAAUACUUCAACAUCAAAUGACUUAGACUCUUCUCCAGAUAUAACAAUUACGCCCACUUCACUCGCACUUGAACGCUUAGUUGAACUCGCUCAAUGGUCGGAUUUGAUUAUUUUCGACUACUUGAUAGCGAACCUCGAUCGUGUCGUCAACAAUCUCUACAACUAUCAAUGGAAUGCGGAAAUUAUGGCGGCACCUGCGCACAAUUUAGCACGCCAAUCUAAUUCGGACUUACUGAUCUUCCUGGAUAACGAAUCUGGUUUGCUGCACGGCUAUAGGCUGCUCAAGAAAUACGAAGCCUACCAUGGACUCUUGCUGAACAAUUUGUGUGUUUUUCGCAAGCCCACCAUACGCGCCUUGCGACAGCUACGUGAGGCGGGUGCGGGGCGAAAGCUACGACAGCUUUUCGAGCAAACGGCAAGCGAAGAGGUGCGAGAUGUACUGCCCACUUUGCCGGACAAAUCAAUUAAGAUACUCAUCGAUCGCAUUGAUCGGGUGCUCGAACAAGUGGAUAAAUGCAAACAGUUGAUGGACGAUAGAUAG